GACGUCGCCUACGAGGAGCGCGCGUGCGAGGGAGGCACGUUCGCCACCGUGGAGGUCACCGGGAAGCCCUUCGAUGAGGCCUCCAAGGAAGCGGCCGUCAAGCUCCUCAAAUACGUCGGAGGCAGCAAUGACAAGGGAGUUGGUAUGGGCAUGACUGCCCCUGUUUCCAUCACUGCUUUUCCUGAAGAUGACUCCUUACAGCAGAAAGUGAAGGUAUCUCUGAGGAUCCCCAGUCAGUUUCAAGACAACCCUCCCCAUCCUAGUGAUGACAGCAUUAAGAUUGAAGAGAGACAGGAGAUGACCAUUUAUUCCACGCAGUUUGGUGGCUAUGCCAAAGAGGCGGAUUAUGUGAAUUAUGCUGCCAAGCUGAAGACGGCUCUGGGGACCGAAGCCGUGUACCGCAAGGAUUUCUACUUCUGCAACGGCUACGACCCCCCGAUGAAGCCUUAUGGGCGACGCAAUGAGGUCUGGUUUGUGAAGGAGUGAGCA